GGCAACCAAGGACCUGCUUCAUCUCCGACAGCCACAGCCUUAUGGGCCUAUCUCUUUGCUCCUCAGUACCUAAUUAUUUAAUCUUUCUGAUCAGACCCAGGUUCCAGUUCCCCAUGUCAGUGUUUCCGGUUUCAACUCUGUGCUUUACUUUCAACCAUAUAUCCAGGACCAGAGUGUCCUUCAAUAAUUACGGAAUUGUAUGUACUGAAAUCGAUAGCACCAUUAAUACACAUGUAACGCGUAGCGCCCCAAGAUAAUCACGGUUAGGCAGGUUCCAUAGACAGACAAUACUUUUCACCGAUCAGACCACUCUUAUAUUCUGACACGCUGCAUUCACUAUUGAUAUCAGGAUUUAAACGGAGUACCCGGUCGGCUCAUACCUUUCUUCCUUAUCGUCUGGAUCUCAACAGGUGUCGAGAAAUGAGCUCUCCUGCUGUCCUUGCUGCUCGUGCCGCCCUUGCCAGCAUCGACCUGUCCAACUAUGAUCCCGAACAAUCGAAGCUCAUGGAUGAGAGGUGUAUUCUUGUAGACGAGGAAGACAAUACCAUCGGCGCCGUGGAUAAAAAGACCUGCCAUCUAAUGGAUAAUAUCAACAAAGGUCUCCUUCACAGAGCCUUUUCUGCGUUCGUUUUCCGUCCUUCGGAUGGCAAGCUGCUGCUUCAACAACGGGCAACCGAAAAGAUUACAUUCCCGGACAUGUGGACUAAUACCUGCUGCUCACAUCCCUUGGACGACUUUGAGGCCGAGAAGGUGGAAAAAGAACAGUUAGGUGUGCGAGUGGCAGCAUCAAGGAAGCUGAACCACGAGCUGGGCAUCCCUCAGAGCCAGACGCCCGUCGACGAGUUCCAAUACCUCACUCGCAUUCAUUACCUUGCCCCGUCUGAUGGCAUCUGGGGCGAACAUGAAGUGGAUUACAUUCUGUUCCUCACUGCUGAUGUAGACGUUACACCCAACUUGAAUGAGAUUCGAGAUUACAAGUACGUCGACAAGGCCGAACUGCAGGCCAUGUUUGAUGACUCGGGAAAUUCAUUUACCCCCUGGUUUAAACUUAUUGCUCGAGAUUUCCUCUUCGGCUGGUGGGACGAGCUCCAUGCAAGGAAAGGUCCCGAUGGCAAGGUCAUCGCCAAAAGUCUGGCAGGUUUGGUCGAUGGUAGUCGAGUGGUUAAAAUGGUAUAGGCAAAGAUAUAUAAAGCUUGUAGAUAAUACACUGUCUGGUCAUCGCAAUAGAAUACUUUUUGCUGUAUAGUACACGAG